CUUUGAGAUGAUGUAAUGUUGUGAUAAUGCGCUAUACAAAAAUACAUUUGUUGUUGUUGUUUGUACUAGAGCAGAAACAUGCGUGACAUUUUUCUUGACGUUUAAAUUAGUUAAAUACUUGUAUAUUUGCUUCUAAAGAAUUCAGUGGUGUCUAGAAUUUACCCAUUUCAUUAAAUGAUUGUAAUUUUUAAUCUUAAGACAAGAUGAGCAUCUGAGAUAUUUUCAUAUGAUUAUUCUGUGCAAUAUAUGAACACCCUUCAGAAGCAUGACCUUAUACAAAACAAGAAUACCAUUUAAAAACUUAGCAUGACUAUUAAUCUAACUAAUAAUAGUGAGAUGUUUGUACUCUGUCCCAGAAAAUUGAUUUCGGUCUUUAUGAAGCCUGACAAUUGAUAUAAAACAUAUCUGUGUUAAUCUUGGUAAUAGAGUGUCAGAGAACAAGCUGAUGUCAUAGCACAAAGUUUGUCCCGUGUGCCAAGUUCUGAUGGAGAGCAGGAAGAGAAAGGCCUCAGGGUUGGUGCUGGCCAUGUUCAGCCUGUCCCUGAUUAUCGUUACCCUGGGGGUCUACAGUGCAACUCGCACAGAGAACGUCAGCAUCGCUGGCUACAUUCCAGGGGUCGUUGUAAGUGGGAUUUAUGCCCGUAUUUAUAUAAAUCACGUCUGUAUGUGUUUAAAUAAACAUAAGAAGCAGAACAGCAGAACACUUGUAGUUACUUGUGUUGGGUCUUACCUGUGUAUCUUUUUUGGCGUUUUGGGACUCUUCCUUCGGGAAAAUCGCAAACAGUUGCUUGUUGCUUCGAUCGUCUCCCUUUUCUUUCUGGUGAUAGACGGUGUCUUCCUUCUUUUCCGCUUUGACAUGCGCCCCCUCAAGGCUGGGCGGUGCAAGUUCUAUACCUGUGGAAAUGACUACAUCUAUGAAAACUACUAUAGUCAGGUGCCAUAUCAGGGUCUGAUGGAGUCAUGCCACAUGAGUGUGCGGAGUGGUACCUGCCACUGCUGCGACCAGUACAACUGCGCCAAUGGUGGGUAUCUGAACCAUCACUACCAGUUUGUGGGUGUGCAGAGCUGUCAAGAUGUGCUGUUGCUGUAUCGAGCGAUGUGGAUCCUCAUUGUCCUGUAUCUGGUUGCCUUUGGCCUGGGUGUGUUCACUGCUGCAGUACUGGGAGGCAUCAAGGACCAGAAAUACUGUUCCAUCACAAAGGGGACAGGAAGGCAGCCAUCUGCCCCGUGUCCCCGACAGUACAGACCCCAUCUACCCCACUGCCCCCCUGCUGUCCCACCACACCCUCCACCCCAUCAGUCAAGCCCCUUCAACAUCUGGCAUCAUCUAGCAACAGGCAGCUCUGAAGCAGGUUACUAA